GAGGAAUUAGCGGGCCGACGCCAUGCGUGAGGGCCUUCGGGCUGGCGUUGCUGCUUGGCGUGGCUUGUUCGUGCUUCAUAAAGAUAAACUGCCAGCUUGGCCCAGUGGGCAAGUGCUUGCACUUCGCUCCGGAUCGGAAGGCGUCCGGCUCGAAUCUUGGAGGGGACUCGACCCGCAGGUAGGUCGUACACUUCAAGUGGAUCGCCGAGCGACACACGCGCGCCUCUUUUGGGAGAAGAUGGCCUCGCAGCUCAUGGCGCAACUUUCAAAGUUCAUGUCUGAACCUUGGGCAUGGGAAGGCGCUGCCCAAAACUCAAAACCUUGCGCCAAGACUUUAAUUCUUUAA